CUCGGUGUCUUGAUGGUUGUAAAAAAAAUCUGAAGGUAGUAAAAAAAGGUAUUAAAUGGUAGUAAAUUUAACUUCAAGAUUGGUGUAUAAACCCUGUAAAAAAAAAUUGGUAAAAAUGCUCAGAGUAAUUUGUUAAACUGUGAUUCAAAAUCAACUCUUUAAAAUGCAGAUAAAUUCAUGUGUGGUAUAGUAUUGGGUUGAAUAUUGCUCAUGUCAUGAUUUGUCGCUUCAGUUUAUGUGGUGUUGAGGUUGACAAACAUAAACUGAGUGGAGUAGCAUUUGCCAAUGUGGUGAAAAUGUCCAUGAGGAAUGGUUGUUACUAUUUGCUGAAUGCAGUAAUGCGAACAUUGUCCUUUUGUGUUCUGUUUAAAGGUUUUUCACCUUAAUCUAUCAACUAAACGUAUGGACUUAUGGAAGUUUCCACCUCUGUAUCUCAUGAAUUUGCGACCACUGCAAAAUAAAAGAGGGAAAAGAAAGAAAGCAACUGUCUGAUUGAUGAGUGGAGUCCUGCUCAAACCCUGGGUAGAUGAAACAUCCUUUUUCAAGUGGGGAAACUGCAGAAACUCUGAGAAAAAUCAUCAAUGAGAAUCACCUGUCAUUGAAAGUGGGAGGACACUUGACACUAUGGGAGAGUGCAAAGAACAGAGAGUGAUUGGCAGGAGGAGGAGAGUCUGACGGAGGAGCAGAGGAAUGUUGGCAGCUAUUUAGUCUGAGCUCAACAACGGAGGAAACAUGGAUUCUUCACAAAAAAAAUGUAAACACAGCAAUGGAGUGAGAUGUGGGACCUCUGAGGAGGAUAAGGAUGGUUCAGCAACAACGGCAAAAAGAGAUGAAUCACUGAGUUGUGAGCAAUGUGGCAAGACUUUUAUCACAGCAACAAAGCUAAGAAUUCACAAACGUAUUCACACUGUGGACAAACCAUUCAGCUGUGAUCAGUGUGGAAAAGCUUUUACUCUGAAGUGUAAUCUAGCAACACAUCAACUCAUUCACAGUGGAGGUAAACCAUUCAGCUGUGAUCAGUGUGGAAAGGCUUUUACUCAGAAGUGGAGCUUAAAAAGACAUCAACUCAUUCACAGUGGAGUUAAAACAUUCAGCUGUGAUCAGUGUGGAAAGGCUUUUAAUCAGAAGAGUCAUCUGGCAAAUCAUCAACUCAUUCACAGUGGAGUGAAAUUGUUCAGCUGUGAUCAGUGUGAGAAGUCUUUUACACACAAGCGUGCGUUAAAAAGACAUCAACUAAUGCACAGUGAAGUUAAACCAUUCAGCUGUGAUCAAUGUGGAAAGGCUUUUACUCUGAAGAGUCAGUUAAAAAGUCAUCAACUCAUGCACAGUGAAGUUAAACCAUUCAGCUGUGAUCAAUGUGGAAAGGCUUUUACUCUGAAGAGUCAGUUAAAAAGUCAUCAACUCAUGCACAGUGAAGUUAAACCAUUCAGCUGUGAUCAAUGUGGAAAGGCUUUUACUCUGAAGAGUCAGUUAAAAAGUCAUCAACUCAUGCACAGUGAAGUUAAACCAUUCAGCUGUGAUCAAUGUGGAAAGGCUUUUACUCUGAAGAGUCAGUUAAAAAGUCAUCAACUCAUGCACAGUGGAGUUAAACCAUUCAGCUGUGAUCAAUGUGGAAAGGCUUUUACUCUGAAGAGUCAGUUAAAAAGUCAUCAACUCAUUCACAGUGGAGUUAAACCAUUCAGCUGUGAUCAGUGUGGAAAGGCUUUUACUCUGAAGAGUUACUUAAAAAGUCAUCAACUCAUUCACAGUGGAGUUAAACCAUUCAGCUGUGAUCAGUGUGUGAAAACCUUUACUCAACAUGAACAGUUGUUGAUCCAUCAAUGCCCCCAUUCUGGUAGAAAGCGGUACCACUGUGACUCCUGUGAUAAAACUUUCAAGCACCAACAGAGCUUAAAAUGUCACCAACGCAUCCACACUGGCCAUGAUGUGUGGAUAUGUGAUCACUGUGGCAAACUAUUUGUACAGUACUCACAGUUAAAAGCUCAUGAAGUGACCCACACUGGGGUUAAACCAUACAUUUGUCACCAGUGUGGGAAACGCUACAGCUACAAUGCAAAACUCAAAAUUCACCAACGUGUCCACACUGGGGAGAGACCAUACAGAUGUGAUGAGUGUAAGAAGACUUUUACAACUUUGGGUUCCCUGAAACGACACCAGCAGAUCCACACCAGAAAGAAAGCAUUCAAUCAGUGUCAUAGUGAGCAGAACAGAACAGAUGGACAACACCCUCAGACUUGUCAGCACUCUUCCAAUGGUGAACAGUGCUGCUUUGACCAGUCUGGACCAACGUCCAACCAACAAGGAACCCUACGACGACACCAGCGUAUGCACACUGGACACAGACUGAACCCCUGCCAAGAAGAUUUGUCCAUGCAGGGUUCAGUAAAAGUUCUUGAAGUCCUCCACAAACUUAAAGUCCUUGAGAUCCAGCUUCACAGAAUUCAGGUCUAAUUUCUUGUUUAGUGUCUUCAUUGCUUCGUUGCAAAAUCCAUUAAGAGGAAAGCUGUCGUUGACAGACGUGACUGGUAAAUUAAUGAAACCAUUCAAAGUGGUUACUCAGUUAAAUGCAGGGCUUAAAGUUUUCCGGCGCAUGGAAAUGUACCAUUUAAAAAAAUUCAUCCAUCUCCGUCCCGAAGGCUCCAAGCAUGUGCGUCAUUGUGCAUUCAGUUGCUCCGCUUUAAUCAAUCAAACUCCAAAUCCUACAUUAAAAAAUAUACACCUUCUGUCCAGGCAUGCGACUUUCUGAUGGAACUUUUAUCCAAUCACAGUUUUCUAACUGCGAGUGCGCAUCGACUGCUGGGUGCACGAUGUGCUGCACCCUCUUGGUUCGGCAUCGUCAGUGCUGCUGAGCCACUGAUAAGAAAUAACAGUAUCCGACAAACAAAAUCCAAAUGUGCAAUAUUUGUUGGUGGUUUUUGUAAUUAUAUUUAAAGGGAAUUACUGGAAACACAUUGAUAUAUAUUGCAUAUUAUUUAUUUUAUUUCUGCUUGGACUGUAGACCCAUUCCACGUGUCCCAGCCCUGUGGCUGCCUGGUCUGUCCAGAGCGCACGGAGCUCCAAUCUGUGAGUGGUGCCGUGAAGAAUCGAGCAGCUGAUCACUGGUCAAUAGCGUUGGAGCUUGUGUUUAGCUCAAAGACGCAGAUACUAAAGUUUGCUCAGACUUUGUGUGACAGAGGAGAGAGGAUGUGUCUCUGCUGAUUAACAAAGAGAGCAGCCGCUGCCGCUAUCCCUGAGCCGCGGUGUGUUGACUCGCCCCAUUGGCGUAAGUGCGUCAGUGGCGAUGCGCGUGCAUGUCCCACAGUCCCCAUGGUUUCGCCACAAAAUAAAAACAAACGGGCUUAGAUAUUGAAUUUUAAAAAGUAACAAAAACAGAAGGUGUUGAUUUUGUUUGAUUUCUUAAUCUUUCAACAUUUUCUAUGUGUUUUACAACAGCAAAAGGAAAAAAGGAAACAUUUAUUUAGUUUGCUGGAUUUUAUUUUGAAAGGAAAAAAAAUCAAAGAUCAAGCCAUACGGAUUUGUCCCAUUAUUCUCCUCAGAACAUCUGUUUAGUUAAAUAUGCACAAACGGAAUGUAGCUUAGGUGAUAUGAACCUUUUUUAUUUGAGGACAUAUAGGAUGUUUGUAAUAAUGAGUUAAAUAGCUCUCAGCAGAUUUUGUGACCUUAUGCAUCUGAAUGAUGUCUAGCCACAAACAAAAACUCUCCAAUCUUAAGUAAAUAUUAUUAGUCAGAACAGAACGAACGUAUGGGUUGUGUGAAAUGAAUAAUGGAUAGAUAGUUAAAUAAGAAUGUUCUUAGCCUGCUUUUCACCGUUUUUUCUUUCCAAAAUAUAGAUAAAAAAAUAGAAACAACAUUUAAAUUGAAAGCCAACUGAACAAAUUAUACAGUGAAUACAUUUUUUUCCCUUACCAAAAACAAACAAAAUGUGUGUCAGUUCAAAUUGAAAAUCAAAUGAUUUAAACUAAUCACACAGAUUAUUGAGGUGUAUCAAAUGAGCACUUACUAACAUGUAUGUGUGGUUAUGUGCUACAGAGGGCUUCUUAAUCAGAUCUUCUGACUCCAGAGGAAAAGGCCAGAGUAGAAGUUCUUCAGCAUGAGCAGUCCAUUGCUGCCAGGACCCAGAUAAACCAGAUCAGGAAGGCCCGGACUUCUUUGCUAGUUACAGAGUUUGAGAGUCAGCAUCAUGAUCAGCUUAUUCAGAGGUAUCUUAUAUUGUGAGGCAAUAACUAAAAUUGCAUUUAAGAGUUAAUACUAGUACUUUUAUUACCUGCUGAAAUACAAAGUUGGUAUAGCAAGUGACAUAUGACAGUUUAUUCUCUUGUAGUGUUCCAGAGAAUAUUAAAUUUUUUCAAACAGUAUUCUCCAAGCACUUAUAUUCUCUUGAGACUGACACUUGAGAUAAUGUUGUCAGUAAAAAUUGUGCCUUAUGAAGGAAAGCAGCAUAGUUUUGUAGCAGUUUUGUUGUGGUUGGUGUUGUUUUGAGUUCUUGUUAAAUCUACUGAAGAGAUAAAAAUUAUUAAUAAUGCAUGUACUUGGUUUUCAUGAUUUUUCCCCUUUACACUAAAAUAAAUCUUUGCAAUUAUAGUGAUGUGGUAUUGAAACAUUAACACAAAAAAAAUCUGACUUUUGGCACUUUCUAAAAUGUCUUAAGUUUUGGCCAAGUAAGGUUUUACAUUUGAGCAACAACAAAAUAGUGGGAUCAUAAUCGGCAUCAUUUCCACCAGAUGACCUCAUAUUUGCUCUGAAUUAAUAGAAUCUCAUAUAUAUUGUGUUUUAGUGAGUUUUAAAAUACAUUUAAAUACGUUUAUUGACACUAUAAAUUGGAUCUUAGAAGUUCAGGCUGAGGAUUUUUUCUCACUUUAAGCCCUGAUUUAAUUUCUGAUCCCUUUGUUCUUGAUUUGAUAAACUUUGCGUACAGGUUGUUCUUCUUUUUGCAAGCCUUUUUUAAGCCUGUGGUUAACCAUGGGCAAUCUUUGUAUCUAUUCUUCUUCUUAUCAUUUAUAAUAGGACAGUAUUUAUUAAAUGACAUAAUGAAUAUUUCUAAAAAGUUCUCAUAUGCACUGUCAGCAUUUUCUUCAUUGUACACUGAACUCCAGUCCUGUUCCAAUGGGGCGUUGAACAGCUCAUUAGUUGUUUGUUCAGUCUGUAAAUGCUUCUGGCUAGCUAUCUUGAAUUUUGUUUUUUCCUACAUUUCCAGUCUUUUAUCGUGAACACAGGUAAGUGGUCUGAUAUGUCACAGAUCAGCAAUCCAUUUGUGCAUCCAUAUUGAGUGUCAUUGCUAAAAAUAUUAUCGAUUAAAGUAGCACUGCUGCUUGUUAUUCUACUGGGUUUUGUAAUAGACGGAAAAAAGCUCAUACUAUUGUGGGAAAUGGUGUGUUUUAUAAUUGCUCAGUGUGCAUAUUAAAGAGUUGUAUUGGUUCUGAGGAAUAGGAAGGUCAAGAGCAUCAUUACCAUGGUGUGACUGUAAUGAAACAAAGAAGAUAAGUCCAGCUUUAUUUUACUUAUUACUCAUGUGAUUGAAACCAAGGAUGAUCAAGACAUAAAGUGAUUGAUAAUCAAAGUACAGACAGUUUUUGAUAAUAAAGGUACAGAUAGUUUUUGACGUAAACUGUAAUCAGUAAAGAACAUGAGCGAGUUGUAUGUGCAGUUUCUAAUCUUGCUUUGCAGAAGCGAAGUCAUUCCUACGUGAGCGUAAUGACAAAACAUCUGCUGUGACAGAGGACAGCGGAACAACGCAGCAUCGGAAGGGGCGGCCGGCCUUGAUCGAUAGCUAUACACACUGUUAGAGUAUAAGAAGACUGGGUCAGGAACAGUUAGCAGUCUGAUUCCAUCCGAACUGACUGAACACUUAUUGUCGGUUAGGGACAGAGGAUUCAGGCCCAGAGCUCUGUAUCGCACAUUCAAUUUUGCUGUAAUAAAUACUUUUGAUUUUAAGAAGAAGUCUCCUGACUACUCCAUCAAAAGAACUGGGCGGAAACAGCCUUACACAUAUUUUGUUGGUUUGUUUAAUUGUAGGAUAGGCUGAUUUCCAACAAUUUGGUGCCGUGACCCGGAUGGAGAAGGAGAAUUGACAAUAGACGUACAUUUGAACAAACAACGGACAUACAAAGGACUUUUUGACAACUUGGGCGCCCUAUAAAAGGUAAGCAGACGCCUGUUGACAUCAAAGUCUGCUAUUGGCUAUUCCAAAACUGUUGUCAGAAUUCCUCCUGUGUGUUCUAGUAUACAAAAUUGAAUGUGCUUCUGGAAGAAAUGAAAAUGAUGAAGAAGUGCUAAGGUUAAUGGAAAUAAAAAGGAUGAAAAUGAUGAAGAAGCGCUAAGGUUAAUGGAAAUGGAAAAAGUCACUGAUCCACAGAGGAUAGAAUCUCUGGCUGGAUACUCUGUUCUGGGUUAGAAAACCCGGGGGGUUUAGGAGUCCCUCCAAAAGGUGGAUAGAGCAGAGGGCCUAUUCUGCAACCCUAAGUGUAAUGUAAUCCCUGUUAGGCAACAGUUUCUUAGGCUGGCAAAUAGCCUGGACGGUUUGGUAUAAGCCUGGAUCGCUGACGAGUGGUUGAAAAUACUGGGUUUAGAAGCCCUGAGGACGUAGUUCACCUCUAAAAGCUUGAAAAUAAAAAUAUAAAAAGACAAAAAACA